AACCCGCGUGCUUGGGUCCACCUCCGCUGGCGGCGCCACCCCGUCGCGCACAAAGAAGCCCUAGCGCGCUGUCGCACCCUCCCCACAGGAACUUCUAGAGACAUCUCCCGUCUCGCCGUCGAGUAGCCUCGCUCUCCUCCUCGCAUCGGACCGAAGGAAUCCAGGAGCGCCUAUCAGCAGUCCCAUCCAUGGCGGACAAGGAGCCCGUCGUGGAGCGACCCGAGGCGGCGGCGGAGGAGGACGCCUCCGCCGCCGCGGGUGAGGAGGAGGACACGGGCGCCCCGGUGGCUCCCAUCGUGCGGCUCGAGGAGGUCGCCGUCACCACCGGGGAGGAGGACGAGGACGUCCUCCUCGACAUGAAGGCGAAGCUGUACAGGUUCGACAAGGACGGGAACCAGUGGAAGGAGCGGGGCACAGGCACCGUCAAGCUGCUCAAGCACAAGGAAAGCGGCAAGGUCCGCCUCGUCAUGCGCCAGGCAAAGACCCUCAAGAUCUGCGCCAACCACAUCGUGAUCUCGACCACGAAGAUGCAGGAGCACGCAGGCAGCGACAAGUCCUGCGUGUGGCACGCCGCGGACUUCGCCGACGGUGAGCUCAAGGAGGAGAUGUUCGCCAUCCGGUUUGGCUCCGUCGAGAACUGCAAGAAGUUCAAGGACUUUGUUGAAGAGAUUGCUGAAUCGCUUGCAAAGAACAAGGACGAAGAAAGUGAAGAAGGUUCGUCCACUGCUGGAUUGAUGGAGAAACUCACCGUAAGCGAGAGCAAAUCUGAGGAAAGUGCAAAGGCGGAAUCAACUGAAUCUGUCAAGGAGGCAGAAACCAAAGCCGAGGCAACCCCAUCGGAGUAGUGGCUUAGAGCACCCGUGAUACACUACCACUACGGUGGAAGUUGGUACCCGUUAGCCAUGAAAUAUGCUGCCAAUUCUUGGGGCGAGUCAGAGCAGAGUCGAGUCUUCCGUUGGGCGGUUGUGUCUGGAAUAACUUGUUUGUUAUAUAAGAUCACUCUUCGGUGUUCAAGGUUGGCAUUUGGAUCUAGUAUGGUCUGGGCGUGAUUUUGUUAGAAACUCAAAUUGCAGUCCAUCUGUAUGAGUUGGAACGAUUGGGUUGUACACUGCGAGUAUUUGAUGCAUGUGUCGUCGUGGAUUGCUUUAUAUUCAUAUAAAAUACACGUCUUAAUUAUUUUUGCA